UCAGCAUUUCACGCACAUAGCUGCCAUAGCUGGCCGACCAUGGAGAGCCAUUGGUCCGGGGACGACAUCCAUCUUGGGGAUGCCUGGGCACAAGAACUUCGUCAAGAGACGGAUAGAUAUGAGGAGGACCUCCUCAACAAUGAGCAGGACAGAUUUCUGGAGUGGGAGAAGGACGUCCUUCCAGCUGAACAAGCGCUGAUUGAACAGAAGUUUCGGGCGCGUAGCGCCGUUGGAUGGAAAGGAGAAGGUCGGAAGCGCUUUUCCGUGGCCUUGAGCGGUGGUGGCAUCCGCGCUGCUGCGUUUCAGUCUGGUGUGCUGUGGCAGCUGGCAGAUGCGGGAAUGAUUCAGGACAUUGAGUACCUGGCAGCCGUGUCUGGUGGAGGCUACUUACUGAGCGCUUUCGCCAGUCAUGUUCUGACGCAAGAGAGCCCACACUCCGAGACAGAGGUGCAUGGAUGGUACAGAGCGAUCAUCGCCAAGACCAUCGUUCGUAUGCAGCGAAAUGUGGGCAACUUCGUACGUGAUUUUUGGCGUUUGCCGGGGGUGCCCUCGGAUGGUGCCGGCUAUUUCCCAAGAGUGUGCGACUUGCCCUUCCUCCUCCUGAUUUUCUUUGCUACCAUCUCCACAGGCCCCAUCCUCUUCACCACAUCAGUGCUUCUACCAGCCACUGAAUUGAUAGAGGUUUACUUCGGUUAUGCCAUGCGCGCAGCCUUUUGCGCGCCGGAGACCCUGGGGCUGCAAUGGGCACUGCUGAACCAUAGCAGGUAUGCCACCCCCGCGUUGAUCGUCUUCGCGUUGCUUCUCUCCAUCAGUAGCACCAGUUGGUUCGUACAACGAAUCGCUGGCGUACCCAGCUGUAAGCCUGGAGAGGAGCCCAACCAAAAAGAUGUGCGGUACACAGUUCACAUGAUUUCCCACAGCCUCUGUGGCGUGUGUAAUCGAUUUGCGGCUGCCCUGGCCAUCCUUUGUGCUUUAGUGUGGUUUGCCACCUUUGCAGAGGUGCUAACCUACGACCUCAAGGGAUGGAGUGCACUUCGAUAUGGCAUUUGCGCUCGAUACACAUGCCGCAAUGGCACCAUUCCUGGCAACGCCGCCCCGUUGAACCCCUGCGAUUUCUUGGAACAUGACAUACCGUGGUACAUGCAAAACAGAUUUCAGGAAAGCUUCGACUGCCGCAAAGACGGUACCUUCAUGUUGCAUCUUCCACAACUCAAGUCGCACCUCAUUGAAGGCGACCUUUACGUCACGCGCAUGAUGGACAAUGGGCGGCAACCGAGGUGGUUAGAUAUCAAAGUCAUUAUCUUCAUCAUCAUAGCAGUCUUGGCAGCAUCAAUUCUGUUGCUUCCGUUUAUUCCCUCUUUGUUCCCUGCUGUGGUGUUGACCUGUGGUCCCCUCCUGGUUCUUGUCUUCAUUUCAGCCUUCGUGCAGUUUCGGGUCUUUGGCCCCUUGACCCAACAGCCGAUCUUGAACUUCGUCCACUAUCAGAAGGAGACCUGGGACCUCACAGUGAUCAUCCUUUGUGGCCUCUCUUGCAUCACCCUGCCGUUUCUGCGAGAAAUCAAAUCGCUGUGGCAUCACUACUACGUCCGCUGUUUGCAGCAGAACUUUUUCGCCCAUGGCCAGGAUCGAAAUAUGCUGGAGUUGAAGCUUGAUCCAUGGUGUCCCUUUGUAUUGGUCACAGGCACUGUCAAUGACUACGCUCGGCCGAAUGAGGACAACAGCAUUAGCGAGAUCGCUUUCACUCCGCUUCACGUUGGGAGUUCAAAGGUUGGAUAUGUUCCUUCUCCGCCGAGCAGGAGCUUGGCACAAAUCACUGCAUUGACAGGAGCAGGAUGUUUGGAUGCGAUUAGUCUCAGCAUGCAGGAACACGUUCGAGUGCGCUUUUGGCUGGAGGUGUUAAACCUGGCCUGGGGUGACUUCAUCUUGUUCGAGCCCUCCCGCACACCACUGAUGAAGCGCUGUUUGAGCUAUGUACCUACAAGCAUGCGCAGGGGAUGCACUUGGUGGAUGCAUCGCUCUGUCACGAUGGUCCUGUUGUUCGUGAACACGGUGCUCUUCUGCUGCGGUCUCGGCCUCUAUCGCUUCCAGGAGUCCAAGGAGGAUUGUCGUUUGGGUCGGAGCCUGGUGGACUGUUCGGUCCUCCUCAUGCUGGCGGCGAUUAUUAUGAGUUUCUUUUCGUACUUUAAGUACUUCCAUGGCUUCGCUUUCUCCCCUGUGCUGCGACAGAUUCAGCAGGCCACCCGCUUCGUCACCAAGUCCUGGCGGCCGCCCAACAUGCUCUAUGUCACGGAUGGAGGAGUGCAGGAUUGCACUGCCAUUCUACAACUACUUCAAAGGAAGCGCAAGAACAUUUUGCUGGUUCUCGCUGCAAGUGAUCCAACGGAUGAUCUGGCGGUUCUGCGAACGACCAUGCAGACCACCAGACAUCAACGGAUUGCUUCCUUUUACGAUCUCAAGGAUUCGCGCCGAGAUGUCAAUGCGCUGCUGGAUGACUUCAAGAAUUCGGAUGUUCACUUCUUCAAGAUGGGCAUCCGAUAUGGUUGGAACGAAGAUGAGCCACACAGCCUGGGGAUACUUUGGAUUGUGAAGAAUCGGCUACCACAGAGUUUCGCAAAUCAAAUGGUGAGACCGCACCUCGAUGAGGAAGAGAUCGUGUUCGGUCAGCCCAAGGAUUACCAGACCUCCGAGUCGGAUGAUUCCGAAGAUCCAACGGCAGACGAGGAGUUGCGUCGGAUGCAGCAAGAGCAGUUGGGUGGCUUUGGUUGCUGCGAUUGCUGCCAUCGCUGGGGAAACUGUGGCCGCAAAUUCCCGCAUUUGUCCUUCACAGGCUAUAUGUGGCUUACACCACAACUAUUCAGUUCUUUGUGUCGUUUGGGUCAUGACUUGUCUCACUCCGCAGUGAUGGACAUCAAGCAGAGUCUCUCCUAGGCAUGAUCCAAUGAUCGCUCUCUGCCAAUGCCAUGCCGAGCAAAGGAAUCUCAGCAAAAAU